UGAUAUUUAGUGCUCUGUUGGAUGAAACAACCCCCCACUAACUAACUGAGAGGGAAAGUAGCCUAAUAGGAAGAAAAGAGGGGGUGUUUUACUGUUCAUCAAACAGUAAAAGAGGCACAGGAGGCCUUUAUCGUUUCCCACAAUGAGCUCGAAAAAGGAGAUUGCUGACUUCUAAACAGAAGAGGAAAAGGACGCAAGCAUACACAGUGGUAGUAAACCUGUAAUAUAAAAGAAAAUGUCUCGAACUGAAGAGGUCAACAAGAUGACGGAAAAUGUCUACAAGGGGAUUCUGGACCAGUUCAACCCCAGUCUGAAGAACUUUGUGACCAUGGGAAAACACUAUGAGAAAGCCCUGACAGGAGUGACCGUGGCUGCUAAAGGCUACUUUGAUGCUCUGGUGAAGCUUGGGGAGCUGGCGAGUGACAGCCAAGGCUCCAAGGAGCUGGGGGACACGCUAUUUCAGAUGGCUGAAGUGCACAGGCAGAUACAGGUGCAGCUGGAAGAUGUGUUGAAGUUGUUUCACUCUGAGAUGCUCGCCCAGUUGGAGCAGAAGCUGGAACUGGACAUCAAAUACCUCACAGCCACCCUAAAGAAGUAUCAGAGUGAGCGAAGGUCUCAGUCUGAGUCCAUUGAACGAUGCCAGUCCCAGCUGAAGAAACUCCGCAGGAAAAGCCAGGGAAGCCGUCAUCCAAACAAAUAUGGUGACAGAGAGAUGCAGUUUGUUGAGUUGAUGAGUCGUCGCCAAGGCGAGCUGGACGCGCUGGUGGCCACAGGUUACAAAUCUGCACUCACUGAGGAGAGAAGACGAUACUGCUUCCUGGUGGACAGGCAGUGCUGUGUCACCAAACUGCUCAUAAACUACCACAACAAGGUGAAGGAGCUUCUAUCGCAGAAACUGUCAUCCUGGCAGCAGUCGUGUUCUCAGCCUACAAAGUUGCCAGAGCGAGCUCUCAAUCUGCUGCGUCACACUGCGCCACAAAGCCCAGGGGCUGCUGGGAUAGCUGAGGUCCUACGUCACACCAAGCUCGGCUCUGCUCAGCCAGAACAGAGGCUCUCUGUUCAAGAAGUCCCUCCUCUGUUGAAUGGAGACUCCAGCCGCUCCCAGCAGCAGCGAUCUCUUCCCUCCUCUUCUUCUCAGAGUGACAGUGGUCCUCCUCAGGGUUCCCCCCAGACUUUCCACUCUGCAUCCUCCACUGGUGGAGGUACUGGUGGUUCAUCUCGAGGAGCGUCUCCUCAGCACGCCUGCACACCCCUGUGUACAUCAGCCAGCCCCUUCCCUGAAGGUAGCGACAGCACCAGCCCGGCUGCAUCUACACCCACCAUGUCCAGCAACUCUGCCCCACAGGGCUCCCUUCUGUUGGCCACAAACACCUCUAACCUUUCCCCGAGCCUCAUCCCCUCCACAGUGAUGCCACAGAGCCAGAUCUCAGCAACCAGCAGCUCCUCGCAGGGCAUGACCCUUCCCAUCUCCCACAGUGCUCCUCACAGUCCUCCACUGUCCCACAGUGCUCCUCUCUCCAGAGCCAUGACUCCAGUGCAGCUGCUGCAUCAGCAGGUGGGACCAGGAGGAAGCAACACUUUGUCUCCAUCACAUAAUCCCUGGCUGCUGAAGGCAGCAGAUGUGUGCGCUACUGCAACUCUUCCCCUGCCAAGGAGACCUGUCAGUGAAAUGAGGCUAGGUGGAUUUCAAGGCUCCAGUCUCCCCAGGAUGCUGCCUUUGUCUGGAAUUACACAUGUGGAAGCCAUGUUUGCUCAUACACCUGGAGCAACAGAAGGUGGAGGUGGAAACAUAGGGGCUGGGGCUUGUUUACUUCACUUCCUUCCUGGUGAUAACAUCACCCUGCUCAUCUCUGAACCCAGAGACGGAUGGCACUACGGUCAAAACGAACGGACUGGACGGAAAGGCUGGUUCCCUUUCUCCUACACUCAGCCACAACACAGCAAGUUGGAUCACCUUGAGGGCUCUCUAUUCUUAUCUAAGGCUAACAGCACCAGUACUGGACAGCUCGACAAACUGGUGUCUCCAGGCCUCCAAGCCCUAACCUCUGAGUCGGAGGAGGAUUGCUCCCUUCCUCCCCAGAGGGUCAGCACCUUCCGCCCGCGCCCCUACAGCAUGGCCGACAGCAACAAGAUCACGUCAGAUUUGGCCUCUCCACCUCCUUCACCAACAAGGCCCAAUCCAUUUGCCCACAUCCGACUCAGAAAAACAGUCACCAACGAUCGCUCAGCUCCCAUCAUUGAGUGAGUUUACACCCAGUGGAGCAACAGUCCUGCGUGUUGCAGUCCGUCAAGCCUCAGGUUGAGUCUUGGUAACAGCACACUAAAUAGUUAUCUACUUUGGCUCUUCUGCUUACCAUCUAAUCAUCACAGCUUCUUGCAUAUGCAGAGUAUUUUUACAUAAAAUUGAUUUAUGUUAUGAUUGAGGUUUUGUGGAAUAAAACAUCUAAAAAUUCAGAGUGAAAGAAAGGAGGGCAUUAAAAUCAAAUUUAGGUGAUUUUUGUUUUAGUGUUUGAGACCAUCAUACUGUGUCUUGUUUAAAAUAACUAACAUUUCCUAAUUAGUUUUGACCUGUGAGGGCUGCCGUUUGUUUCUUUGCUGUGUUCUCUUUUUUUGUGGCAUAUCCAGAAAAGUUUAAUCUGUUCAGCUUAUUUGGGGACUGGAUCCUAUAAUACCAGGUUGUACACUUGAACUGUUAUGAGGUAUUUUGGGAAGAGGGCAGGCUCCUUAUCGACAACAGUAUUAUAUUUUUACUAAAGCUGCAAGAUUGAUGCAUUUUCAUGAUUUCAGUGAAGGAAAACCUUUAAAAUGUAUUUAAAGUGUUAGGUUUAUUUUCCAUUUGAAAUAUGGUUGUUUAGAUGAAACUGGGCGUAUUUUAAAUGAACUGACACAAUGAGUUAAUUUUAUGCCACUUACGUUUCUGUGACUGUAUGUGGGACGUGUUUUCUGUGGGAUAAAUCUUUGAUGUCUGUAACAUUGAUCAUUUUGCUGCUGUGAACUUAUGCAUCUAAAAGAUUAGAUUGUUGGAUUGUUUAAGAUCUUCCUGGACUCAAAAUAAAAAAAAAACUAUGUUAAUUUUAAUUCUUCAAACUUGAUCAAUAACACUUUUAAUGGAAUCAUUAAGGGGAAUUAUUAAAAUUGUACUUGGUUAAUACAGAGCAUCUCCAACAAACUUACCACAUUGUGAAAGUUAAUAGGUGAAUGUUUGGAAUGAGGUUUUAUGGAGAGAUUUCUAUUUUCUUUUUAGAAAACAGCAUGUUGCAGAGGGUUUAAAGUCUUAAGAAUGAGAGAUUUGCAUGCUUAGUCUUUGGAUUUUGCCUCCUUUUUAGCCCCAAAUCUAAAGCUCUUUACAAUCUAGGCUAAUUGAUUGUAGUUGUGUGAAUCUUGAAGAGAGAUGUACAAGCCAUGACAGCCGAUCUGACUAAGUUUACGGAGGAGAUGUAUCUAUGAAAGUGAUGGAGAAAGUAAAUGGGAAGUGGACCAAUGUCUGAGCAAGUGUUUGUGGUAAACUAGAGACAUCUGAAGUGUUGCUCUGUAGUUCUGAGUCUGUAGCUACGUAAUGUAUAGAAGUGAAAUGUUGUUUCUGUGCACAUUUAAAUGUUUUUUUGUUUGUUUUUCUGCUCUAACUGGCUUCAGUCGCUCUGAUUUUUCAGCACCUUGAUGAUUCAAGAUAUCACCAUAAAGGUUAUGGAGAAUCAUUUCUAACAACAAAUCCUGUAAAUUACUUUUUGUAGUAUUGUAUCAUUAAUAAGGGUAACCUCAUGUUUGUUCAUGCUUGUAAAUAGUCCUGAAAAUGUGCGCUUGUUUGAUUUAUUUGACUACUUUUAAAAUGAUAUUUCACUUUAGUUGAACAUUUUUGACUUUCUGGAAAUCCUGGACAACUGAAUGAGAAACUGCUGUUUACAUAACUAUCUGCACAAUAACAAGAUACUAAUUUAAUUUGUGUAGAAUUUAAUCUUUAAAUAAAAGAAAGGUGUGGCUAUUUGAAUGGCCACUGGCGUUUGUCAAGAAACUACAAGGCAGGAUUAAAAAUUAAAAUUAGGAAAUAAAUUCACUAUAAGUUGGUCUUGUCAGGGUUGCAAGGCGUGGAUGAGGACCCAAAUG